UGUUUAAUACUUUCGGUGUAUUAGUAAAAACAUAACCUCAACAUCACACGUUAAUUGGAAACCAGCUGAGUGGUUUGAAAGUGUUCGUAUCUUUUGUUUUAUUAAUAUACAGAGUGAACGACAAUCAUGGAUUUCGGUGAUCUGAAGGAUGACAAAGAGAUACAGACGAAGCUGUUGAACCUGCACAAGAGCGUGAACGACAUAGAGCACAUCCUGGAUGUUGCAUACAACAGCAAAAUCGCAGAAGGUUUAAGCAUGAAGGAUCAAAUGGAAUAUGAUCUGUUCAUCGCUUACACCUUGAACACCCUGUACUGGUUGUAUCUGAGGGUAAGAGGUUUAGAUCCCAACGAGAAUGAAGUGAAGAAGGAGAUACAGAGGGUUCGAGAAUAUAUGGUCAAAGCACAGACUGCUGUGGAAAGACACACACUGAGGAAGACAGUUAAUGUUGAGGUGGCCGAGAGAUUUGUCAGGCAUGGAGUGCAGGUUCCCAAAGAGAAGAGGCAGCAAGGUUCAGAUGGUAAAUCUCCGAAAGGACCACCAGCCAAACGAAGAAAACAUAAUAAGAACAAUUAAUUUAUUUUAUAAGUUUAAGGGAAUUCAUUAAGGAAAUAAUUUAUAUUUAUGAUUAGCUGUAUACAACUCAAUUUGCAUCAGCGUUUGCAAAGUUGCAUACACAAACUUGCAUUGAUCUUAUUAUAAUUAUUAUCAGUCAUAAAUUUAACAUAUUUUUCACUUACCAAUAGUUGUGUUUUCCUUAUAAUACUGAGUCUUUGAUCUUAAGUAUGGUUUAUGUAUUGAAGAUGAUGAAGAAUAUAUAAAAAUG